AUGAAUUCAAUGUUAUUCCAAAAUAUUCUCAAGGAAGAAGUACAAAAUGAUAAGCCUAUUUGUCUAAUAUGUUCUAAUCCUAAUAAUGCUUCACAUCAUUUUGGAAGUACAACAUGCCUCGCAUGUGCAGCUUUUAUGAGAAGGACAGUAGUUUUAAAAAUGAAAUAUAAAUGUAAAAAAGAUAAUAAUUGUGUGAUACAUUUUACUAUGAGAAUGAUAUGUCGUUCCUGUAGAUAUCAAAAAUGUAUCAAAAGUGGAAUGAAAGAGUAUUUGGUUCAGAAACCAAGAAGUAGUAGAAUUAUUAAAAAAAGAAAUAAAAGUGAUGAUUUAUUUGAUAAAAUUCUUUCAAAAAAAUCGGAUAAUAUUCAAUUAAAAGAAUCAUCAUCAAAUACUGAGUCUCCUGAUGAUGAUAGUUCUGUUUUUUCUACAUCAACAGUAAGAAAAGAAUUACAACAAAAUAAUGUAUUAUCAUCAGAAAAGAUACCAUAUUAUAAACAUAAUUUACUAUCAUUUUAUAUUGAAGAAUUAAGAAAAGCUCAAAAAAGAAGAAAAAUAAUAUAUAAUGAUCAAACUACAGCUUCUAUAUUUUGUGAUGCUGAAAAUGAAAAUACUUAUAGUAUUAACGAUUUAAAAAAAUUUGAUCUCAAAGAACUUGGUAAAAAUGCUCGUUUUGAUCACAUGUUAUCAUAUGAAUAUGUUAUGGAACAAAAAAAAAUAUUUCCUUCACUUACAGAUGAUGAUUGUAAUGUUAUUUUUAAAUAUGCUUUCUUAGGAUUUAGUUGUAUAGAUAGUGUCUUUGUAACUUUAUGGUCAAAAUCAUACAAAAAAGGUUUUUUAACCUUCACAAACAGAAAUGCUUUUAGUAUAUAUGAUAAAAAUUUGAACCAUGAUAAUGAUUUAUCUAUACCAGAUUCAUUAAAGGAAAAAUUUAUUUAUGAACCAAUAUAUAGAUUUUUUAAUCAAAUAAUUAUUCCACUUUCAGAGAUGAAUUUAGAUAUAGAAGAGUUUGUGGCUCUUAAAACAUUAACUAUCAAUUCACUAUCACGUUGUGAAUGUUCACCAAAUGGUAGAGAAGUUUUAAAUUAUAUAACAAAUGAAAUAAUUAAAUGUUUAUCUGAUCAUUAUAAAAAAAAUAAUAUAACUAUAGAUAGAAUUGGUGAAAUAAUAUUAUUUAUCUCAAAUUUUUAUUCUAUUUUUCAAAUGUUUAGUGAAAAUUUUCUUACUGUUGAUAGUUUUAAAUUAUUUGAUAUUGGUAAUGAAAUUAAAGAAACAAUGAAUUUUCCCCCAAAUAAUCUUCAUUUUAGAAAAAAAUAUUAUUUAUAG